UGAUAAUCUAUAGGUUUCUAGUUCGUUUAUUCAUAGGUAUUUUCUAUAUUACAAACAUUGGAUACAGAGUAAAACUUUUAGUUUAAACAUCAGGAUUUCACGAAUACAUAUUCAUUGUGUUCAAUUCAACUGUUGAUAAAUCAUACUCAAGACAUAAACUCAUUACCACACACACACACACACGCGCACUUACACAUACAGAUACGUUUACUCAAAGGUACACAUGGAUACUAAUUAUUCAAGUCUUUUCUCAUCUUAAUUGAAUAUAAUCAAUACUACUAUUAACAUUAUAAGUAAUGUAUGAUAACUUUCAGGAGAUACAAAUUAUACAUAAUGAUUAUGAUAAAUGAAAAGAACUGAUUAAGAACUUGAUUGGAUUUAUGUAUUUAGAUGAAUUCAAAAGACAACAUCAUUUGUCAAGAGAAAUUAAUUGACGAAUAUUAAAUGGCUAUACCAAUUACAUUCCAUUCAUUACAUGAAACAUCUAAUACAGCAUUAAUGAUACAUUCAUGUGAUAUAAAUGAUUCACAUCUAUCAUCUAUCUCUUCGAAUAAUUCAUAUUAUAAUACAAUAGGACAUGCUGAUGAAUCAGAUCAUAUAGAUACAAAUGGAUUAUUCCCUGAAUGGUCAUUAAAAUUAUCAUCUAAACAAGAUCAUUAUGAUAAACUUAAUAUUGAUGAUAUAACACAUUAUACUGAUCCGAUAAUACAUAAUAACAAUCUGGAAUUGAAUGAUCCUAAACUAUCCUAUUCAACAGAAUGUAAUAUAGUAGAAGAAGAAACUCAUUCAACUUUAUUACCUAAUUGUCUCACUAAAGGUUUAAAUGACUUGGUAACUAAAUUAAAUAAUCAUGAUCAUCAUAAUCAUGAUGUAUUAUACAAUCCAUCUGAUUGUUAUAAUACUCAUGAAUUAUCUAAUUGUGAUAUUAUUAUACCUUCAACAUUCAAUAUUAUUACAUCAUUGAAUAAUACAGAUCUCAUUCAGCAUAAAACAAAUUCAUUCAAUUCAUCUAAAUGGUAUCCAAUAUUAAAUAAUCGAUAUAAUACCGAUUAUUUAUAUAAUCCAUUAUUAACUAAAUAUGAUGAUCAUUCAUUGAUUUUAUCAACGAAUUAUACAAAUGAUACAUUGAAUUUAUCAAAAAUGUUUAAUUUAGAUAAUCAUGAAUUGGAUCAAUUGAAUGUAAAUAAAUUGCAUCCAGUUACAUCAUCAUCAGCAGCAACAUCCUCAUCCUCGUCAUCAUCGUCUUCCUCCUCCUCCUUCUCUUCUUCCUCAUUCUCAUCCUCCUCUUCAUCUUCAUCAUUUAAUGAUAAAGAUGUACGAAAUUAUUUUCUUCAAGAAGAAACAUCGUUUGAAAAAGUUCGACAUUUUACAACGAAUAAAAAUGUUUUACAUAAACAUGAUUUAAUAGAAUCUUCAAAGAAUUAUCAUAAUCAUCAUAAUCAUCAUAAUACUAUAAUGCCAAAGGAAGAAAUUGUAAAAAAGCAUAUUAUGAAUUCAUAUGAGAAUAAAUAUGAACAAGAGAAAAUGAUUUCGUCAUCAAAUUAUCCUUCCUCGUCAAUUGUUUCAUAUAAUAAUAAUAAUAAUCUUUCUAAUUGGAUGAAUAAAGAUGAUAAUAUUAAAAGUAUACAAGAUCAUGAAACGUGUACAACAACAACAACAACAACAACUACUACUACUACUACUACUACUGCUAUUACUACUAUUAGUAGUAGUAGUAGUAGUAGUUUAAAGAAAAAUCCAUCUUUAUCGUCAUUGAAAUCAUCACGUUUAAAACGUAAAAUUGACGCUACUUAUUCAUCUUAUAUCAUCAAUGAUGAAACAUCAAUCUAUGAAAAAGAAUCAUUGAAAUUAAUGAAAGAAUAUUCUAAACAAUCUAUUGAUUUAUAUAAUAAUAAUCAUCAUCAUCGUGAUCAUCAUUUUAUUGAUUAUUCUAUUAAAUCAUCUACAUUAAAUAAUGAAUUACAAUUUAUCACUGAUUCUCAUUUAAUCGAUAAUGAUCAAUUAUUCAAUCAAUAUAAUGAUUCAUUACCAUGUUAUUUAUCAUCAAAUAUUGAUUUAAAUAAACAAACGAUUCAUCAACAUCAUGAUUAUUUAUAUAAUACAUCAAUUAAUUCGAUUGAACAUUUUCCUAUAAUCAAUAAUAUGACAUCAUCAUCAUCAGCAUCAUUAUCAUCCUGUAUACCACAAAAAUCAAUACCAUUCGAUUAUUAUGAUAAUCAUAAUCAUAAUAAUAGUAAAUCAAUAGAGAAAUCAAUCAAUCAUAAAAAUGAUGAAACGAUUACAUUAAUAAACAAUAUAGAUAAAAUAAAUAAUAAUAAUAAUAAUAAUAAUGAAUAUACAAUUUAUUCUACAGAACAAUUAAAUCCUAUUAAUCCUAUAGAUCAUUUUAAUUCAAUUACAUUUGAUUAUUGUAAUCAUCCAAUGACACAUAGAUAUAUAUCAUGUACAAAUGAUGAAUAUCAUCCUUCUCCUUCUCCUCCUCCUCCACAUCCACCUCCACCUCCUCCUGAUCCUCAUCAUCAUCACCAUCAUCAACAUCAUAAGUUAACUAUAAGGAAUACAUUUAAUGAAGAAUUACAACACCUGCCACCACCACCACCACCACCACCACCACCACAGCAACAACACCAACACCAAUCAGCACCACCACCACCACCAUCACAACAACAACAACAACAACAAUCAUUAUCUAAAUUGAAUAGUAAUAAUAAUAAUGAUACAACAUUAGAUUAUUUUAAUAUAAAUCCAUUAACUUAUUUCUCAUCGAAUAUACUACCUUCAACAGAUAUUAAUGAUAAAUUAAAAAUGAAUUCAAAAUAUUUAGCUGCACAACAAGCAUUAAUCGUCAAAUAUUUUAAUCAUAAUCAUAAUACUACUACUAAUAAUAAUAAUCAUUUAACAAAACUAUCUCAUUUUAAUGAAUUUAAUGAAUUCUUUAAUGAAACUAAUGAAAUCAAUCAAACCAAUGAAAUGAAUGGAAUGAAUGAAAUCAAUCAAACCAAUGAAAUGAAUGGAAUGAAUGAAAUCAAUCAAACCAAUGAAAUGAAUGGAAUGAAUGAAAUCAAUCAAACCAAUGAAAUGAAUGGAAUGAAUACAAUCAUUACAAAUGAAAAUACUAUGAUUAAUCAUUCAUCUAUUCAUUCAAUAUUAAAUAAUGAUAUUAUACUCCCUAUUGAAGAUACUACUACUACUACUACGACUACGACUACUAGUACUACAACAACUACUACUACUAAUCAUAAUGAUGAAAUAUGUUUAAAUAGAUUUGAUCCUUUUAUACAUUUACCAACAUCUAAUACACCAAAUUGUAUUCAUGAUUGUAAAGAUCAUUGUUUAGUAACAACAAUAAAAGAUAAGAAUUUCAUUGAUUCUAAUAUGAAAUUAUGUAAUAUGAAUACAAUGACAAAAAGAUUUCAACAUAAAUGUCUAUAUAAUCCAUUAGAUCUAAAUGAUAAUGAUAAUAAGAAUCAAUUAUAUCAUAAUUCAUCAACAAUCUUAUUGAAUAAUAGAUCUUCUAAUCAUGAUAUGAAUGAACCAAUUUUAUUCAAUGAUACAUUCAUGAAUAAAUCGAAUACCGAUUCCUAUUUACAUUCAUAUCAUUGUUUUAUGAAUGGAAUAGAUACAUUCGAUGAAAAGAAUAUAAAGUUAUAUAAUGAACAUAAUACAUGUAUCAGUCCAUUAUUACUAUUAUCAUCAUCAUCAUCAUCAUCAUCAUCGUCAUCAUCGUCAUCAUCAUCAUCAUCAUCUUCAUCGUCAUCGACGUCAUCAUCCUCGUCAUCGUCAUCAACACAUUCCACAACAUCAUCAGCAUCAUUAUCGUCUACUUUAUUAUUAUCUUCUACAUCUACACCAUCAAUGAUAUCAUUUAGUCCGAAUAAUUCUAGAUUAUCAAAAGUUUCUAAUUAUAAUUUAAAUGAUAUCAAUUCUAUAUCAAUGAAUGAAACAGAUUGUCAUCAAUUAUGUUUAGUUUGUGGUGAUAAUGCAGCAUGUCAACAUUAUGGUGUAAGAACAUGUGAAGGAUGUAAAGGUUUCUUUAAACGGACAAUUCAAAAAAAUGCACAAUAUGUAUGUCUUCAAGCUAAAAAUUGUGUAGUCGAUAAACGUCGACGUAAUCGUUGCCAAUAUUGUCGAUUUCAAAAGUGUUUAAAAGUUGGAAUGGUUAAAGAAGUCGUUCGUCGGGAUAGUCUUAAAGGUCGUCGAGGUCGUUUAUCAUCUAAAGCACGUUGUCAAUUAAAUGAACAUGGUGGAUUAGCCAAUUGUUAUAAUGAUGGUAAUAUUAAUAAAAAUCUAUUACCUUUACAUAGUUUUCUUCAUAAACGUAAUAGUAUCUCACCAAAUUUUUCAUCUAUUCAUGGUAAACGUUACUCAGGUUCUAAUAUACAAUUAAAUCAUACAAAUAGAACAAAUUCCAAUACUGUAAAUUCAACUGUUACACUUUUAUCAAUGUUGAGUAGAGCAUAUGAAAUGGUUGGACCAAGAAGUCAUUCUAUCAUGAAUAAUAAUGAGAAUAAUUUGAUUCAAAGUAAUGAAUGCUCAAAAAAACAUGACAUAUUAAAUGGCGAGGUUGGAGAUUCUUUACAAGAUUCACCUGAUGAUACCGAAAUUGAUGAACAUUAUACAAAUAAAUUUUGUUCAAUUCUAGAAGAUUCAAUGCAAGAAUUAAAACAUUAUGCUGAAUUAGUUCCAGGAUUUAUGAAUUUAUCAAUAAAUGAUCGUGAAAUCAUGUUAAAUUUACAUUAUUUAGAUUUAUUAAGCUUUCGUUUAGCUUGGAGAUGUGCCAUGGAAAGAGAAGUCACUACACAUCCAAACUAUACACCAACAUCAUUUAUAGAAAAUCAUUCCGAUAAUUGUAUAAAAUUAAAUCAAAUUAUACAUGAAAAUUCUUUCAUAGAAAAACCCUUUGAAAUCUCUUCAUCCAUAAGAAUGACACCGACAACACCUUCAGCAACAACAACACCUACAACAACGGCGAUAGGAACAACAGCACUAUUACCAGUAACAACAACAUCAACAACCACCACAACAACAAUGACUAAAACAAAUACAUCAUCUAAUUAUGAAAAUAUUUAUAUUCCAACUAUAAAUAAUUGGAAUCAACAAAUGCAUCAGUCGAGAAUGGAUAAAUCGCAUUUUAUUGAUUAUUAUAAAACAAACUACUUAAUAAAUAAUAGUAGUCAUAAUAAUAAUAGUAAAAAUAAAGAAAUUUUAUUUAUUUUCGAAAAUGGUAAAUCAAUGUCAUAUAGAGAAUUAUUAAAAUCUGGUUUUGGUAAUUGGGCUAAUCAAAUUAAACAAUUUAGUACACAAUUAAAACUAUUAAUACAAGAUGAUUAUAAUGCAAUUUGGGGUUUAGCUGCAUUAAUUUUAGUGAAUUAUAAAUCAAUCAAUUAUCUCACUCCAUUGUCAAAUUCUAGUGAAGUUUAUUCAUUACAUCAUAGAUUUGUUGAAAUGUUAAAAAGUCAUUGUUGUUCAUCAACUCAACAUAUAAAUUUAACAUCAAAUACACAAACAUCAUUCAUUUAUGAUUCGACUUCUACUACUAAUAAUAAUACUACUACUAACAAUAUUAUAAGUAGUAAUAAUAAUUCAUCUAAAAAAUCUAAUAAACUCAAUACAAAUGAUCAUCUUAUAUCCACUUCAUUAUUACGUAAUGAUUCAACAUAUUUUUCUAAAGUAUUUCAACAAAAAGAUAUGAUACAUGAAAUGACACGAGAAUAUUUAAUUCAACCAUUACAACACUUAUAUGAUCAUGAUCCAAAUACAUAUUCAUGGUUAAAAGAUAUUUUAGAAAUAAUCAAAUUAUCCGACUAGAUGUAAACACGAUCAAGAUCCAUUUUGUUGGAUCAAUAAUGAUCCUAUUCAUAAGGAGAUAAUAAUAAAUAACUAAUGGUAUAGAAAGUAACACAAACAAAUAAAAAGUCACAAUUAUCUUCUAUCAUGAUGAUUAUUGAAUUUCUACAGGUAAAAUAAACUCAGUUUUCGCUCCCCCGCCCCCCCCCUUGACGAUCUACCCCCUCCCCAAAUUUUUUUCUCAUUUUUUUUAUUAAAUAAAUCAAUAUUCGCUUUCUUUCUUCCUCAAAUAGUUCCCAUGUAUCCCAUUUUGGUGUCAUUAAAGUUCUAUCAAGAAAUGAACCGUCGAAUAGGAUGAUAAAUGAUGUAUUAUAAUGAGGUUAAAUCAAAUAGAUAAUUAUAUAUAUAUACAGAGAGAGAGAGAGAGAGAGAAAGAAAGAGACACAAUUUACUUAUCUGCUUUACAUUAUAUAUUGUAUUCAUGAAUUAAAACAAGAAACAAAAACAAUAAAGACAAAUAAAAUUAAUGCAGCUUAUGAUUUAAUCAUCUUUUUUUAAUGGAUCCAGUAUAUACUACUUAUAAUUCGUGAUUAAGAAUAGAAAACGACAAUGUUUUUGUUGUUGUUGUUGAUGAUUAUUACGUAACACUAUUACUAUUAUUACUAUUAUUGUUACUGUUACUAUGGUUACUAUUAUUAUUAUUAUUGUUAUUAUUAU